CAGUGUCUCAAGACAGAAGCUACUCGGUGCUUCCCGAAAAUGGCAGGGAGAAAAGUCCUGAUAGUCUAUGCACAUCAAGAGCCCAAGUCCUUGAAUGGAUCUUUGAAGAGGGUUGCUGUGGAAGAACUGAGCAAGCAGGGCUGCAGUGUAACAGUGUCUGAUUUAUAUGCAAUGCAGUUUGAGCCAAGAGCAACAAGAAAUGACAUUGUUGGUUGCUUGCACAACCCAGAAGAGUUCAAUUAUGGUGUGGAGACAUGGGAAGCUUACAAGAGAGGAGAUUUGUCCAAUGAUCUGAUUGAAGAGCAAAAGAAGGUGCAGGAAGCAGACUUAAUGAUUUUUCAGUUUCCCUUGUAUUGGUUCAGCAUGCCAGCAAUCAUGAAGGGCUGGAUGGACAGAGUCUUGGUCCAAGGAUUUGCUCACGAAUUUCCAAACUGUUAUGAUUCCGGUUUGCUCAAGAACAAAUUAGCCCUGUUUUCUUUCACCACUGGAGGAAGCAAAGAGAUGUAUGCAAAAGGAGGUAUCAGUGGUGAUAUUCGCUACCUCCUGUGGCCCAUCCAGCAUGGAAUCAUGCACUUUUGUGGCGUCAAAGUCCUUGCACCUCACAUCUGCUUUGCUCCAGAGUAUGUGUCUGAGGAGAAGAGGAAGGAGAUGCUGAUUGCCUGGGCCCAGCGUCUGAAGGCUCUUUGGAAGGAAGAACCCAUAAACUGCUCUCCUGAGUGGUAUUUCAAGUAAUGUUCAGGUACAAGACUACAGAGAGAAGACUUUUUUUUCCCUCCAUUCUUUUUGGUGCUUUCAGUAUCUGAAUGCUAAUCUCCUAAUUUGAAUGUAUUGUAAGUAUCUUGAGUACUACACCUAGCAGCUUAACUGACAAUAUAGCAUUUAUCUUCAUUGAUUCUUGAGGGAUUCUCUUCAGUGAUCGGUGCAAAAACCUUUAUGAAGAAUUAUCCUUGCUCAUAUAAACAGUGACAUCCUGCCUACAAGUGGUUAAUAACACAAGCGGUAUUUAGUUGCAGAUUAUACCGUUGCUGCUUAUGAAACAGUAAAGUACAUCGUCAAGUUUAUUUUAACAGUUUUUGUACCAGCUGCCACUUUUUUUUUUUUGCCAGGGAAUAUGCUGACCAUACUUAACCUUGUUAUGGCCAAUCCUGUUCUUUUAAAUGAGAGCUUUACACUUGUGCCUUUGAGCUAUGAAGCCAGAUCAUGAAUAAUGCAAAAGGCUGUACAGUUGCACAGUGACUUAGACAACUGGAAAGCCUUGUGGACAGCCUUAGGCUUUUCCACAUAUUUACAAAGCAAUAUUAAAGCUAUGACAGACACCAGAAGAGGAGAAAAACCAAAUACAAAUAUCAUA